AUGGGUGGUGGGUCUCUUGGGAUGGCAAAUGGAAGCGAGAGCGGUGAAGGGCCUGCAGGGCCCAUGGCAGCAGUGGUGCCUACUGCAGCAGGUCUGGUAGCAGACAGCUCCUCCUCAGCCGUCUCCACUUAUAUUAAACUGGUUCUGCUGGGGCUGAUCAUCUGCAUCAGCCUGGUGGGAAACCUGCUGGUGUCGCUGCUCGUCCUGAGGGAUCGAACUUUCCACAAGGCACCUUACUACUUCCUGCUGGACCUGUGCCUGGCAGACAGCAUACGCUCGGCCAUCUGCUUUCCCUUUGUACUGGUGUCUAUACGAAAUGGGUCAGCCUGGACCUACAGUGUGCUGAGCUGCAAAGUGGUAGCCUUCAUGGCAGUUCUCUUCUGCUUCCAUGCUGCCUUCAUGCUCUUCUGCAUCAGCGUAACGCGCUACAUGGCCAUUGCACAUCACCGUUUUUACUCAAAACGCAUGACGUUCUGGACGUGCGUAGCAGUGGUGUGCAUGGUGUGGACCUUAUCCGUGGCCAUGGCUUUCCCGCCAGUUUUUGACGUGGGCACCUACAAAUUCAUCCGUGAGGAGGACCAGUGCAUUUUUGAGCAUCGCUACUUCAAGGCUAACGACACGCUAGGCUUCAUGCUAAUGCUAGCCGUGCUCAUUCUAGCUACACAUGUCGUCUACAUGAAGCUGCUCCUCUUCGAGUACAAGCACCGCAAGAUGAAGCCGGUCCAAAUGGUGCCAGCUAUCAGUCAGAACUGGACCUUCCAUGGGCCAGGAGCUACAGGCCAAGCAGCAGCGAACUGGAUCGCGGGCUUUGGGAGGGGCCCCAUGCCGCCGACUCUGCUGGGAAUCAGACAGAACUUACACAAUCAGAACCGGCGCCUUUUAGGCAUGGAGGAGUUCAGGGCGGAGAAACAGCUCGGCAGGAUGUUCUACGUGAUCACGUUGCUGUUCCUGGUGCUCUGGUCUCCGUACAUCGUGGCUUGCUAUUGGAGGGUGUUUGUCAAGGCUUGCACAAUACCACACCGGUACCUCUCCACCACCGUGUGGAUGAGUUUCGCUCAAGCCGGGGUCAACCCUAUUGUCUGUUUCUUCCUUAACAAAGACUUGAAGAAAGGGCUCCUUUCACACCUACCAGCCUGCUGCAGGACUAAACCUCAUCUGCCACGAGAGCCUUACCGUGUCAUGUAA